UUCUACAAUCACAACCAGUUACAGUAAUCUAUUAGCAUCCUCACUAGCUAUCAGGUAGCUCCCUAAGGAAAAAAUGACUGAAGUCACAGUCAACUACAACUUCAACAUAACUGAAGUCGCAGCCAACAUGGCUGUGGAGGGAUUCCAGUCGGCUGAAGUGGAAGCUAUAAUGAAGACUGCUGGAGACGACAUGAUAUGGAAUGCAAUUGAAGAUACCAAGGACAUGGACAUGUGCGAUGAGGACUUCUUUGUCACUGGUGGUGGAAAGGAUACCAAAUUAGUAGGCAUAGCUGGUGUUCCUCUUCCAAAACCGGUGGACAAGACAAGCCCUCAUGUGAUAAAGAUCGCACAAUUUGCAGUGAAAAAGCACAACGAGAAGGCUGGGACCAAGCUGGUAUUCAUCAAAGUGGUUGGCGGCGUGAAGUGGAGCGCCAUUGCUGGCACUUUCUAUGCACUUCAGAUUGAAACUCAGGACUCGAAGGGCACAUACCGCGAUAAAACACUGGUUGUGGAAGCCGUAACUGGUCACAAGAAACUCAUCUGGUACAAGCAUUAAUCAAGUGCUACUCUCCAACUGAUCAGGAUGAUUAAUGUAUUGUACUAAGUACUUUAAUUAUCUGGUCUCUGUAUGUGGUUAAGUACGUACUAGGUAUGCUGAGAUGCUUCUCCCUAGUACUGUAUUGGAUAUUGAAGGUGCACUUGUAUCAAGAAUGCGCCAUUAUUAAAUAAAAUCUGCUGUCUAUUUUUAAGUUCAUA